AGACGCAGAACUUCAGAUUAAUUACGAUUUUCUGAAAAAGAUAAUAAAAAUGGGCAGUCUAUAAAACACAUUUCUACCAUUCAGAUAUCGGUUAAUUACGACGUUGUGAUUUAUUUCUUUUGAUCCGGACGCGUGCGUGCGGGUCUCCGUCUCCUUUCGCCUUCGGCUGAAAAGUUUUUGAGAAAUUUUAUGAACCAUGGUGAACUCUUCUGGUUGAUGGUACAAUUAAAGAAAACAAAUGGAUGACAUGAAAGAAGAGCCCGGAGUGUUUGUGCAUAGUUUUUUAGAGAUGGGCUGCAAUGGAGAAGAACUCUCUGAAGAAGAGGAAGUGAGCUCAAAUCCCACAACAGUAAAGGUUACGGAGUACAUGUCUGUCAUUGUUAAAGAGGAGGAACAUGAAUGGGAACACAUCAUGGUCAAGCAAGAGGUGUGUGAUCCUGGCUAUGAACCUGUUAAAGGCGAAAACCCAGAUCCCAGUUAUGAACCCAGUUAUAUACACGGCCAUGACAAUGGCCAUGUUUUAAGUGAAGAGAUGAAAAAAUUACAGUCAAGUCUAGAUCUGAGUGGCAAGAGGGACAGUUCUGGUAAUUUGCCUGAGUCGCUGCAGAGGAACUUGGAGAUUACUCAGGAGGGCAAUUCUGGUACGGAGCAGGAAGAAGAGCUAAUAUCACUUUCCACAAUUCACCCAGGAGUAGUAAUGGUGACAUGGAGCGAUAUCACUGGAAGUAUCCGCAGAAGUUUUAUCACAAAGCUUCCAUACUGCUGCCCCGAAAUUGGAGAAGUGUUCAUGAAGCCAGUUAAUCUUAAGCUGCUCAACAGCAGCCCUACAAUUUUGGGUGUCCCUUGCAUGAACUUUAAACAGUGGACCAUUGAGCCAGCAGUCAUAGAAAGUCACCACAUAAUCCACAUUGAAGAGAGACCCCUAGAAAGGCUCUAUGGAGGAAAUGACAGCACUCACAACCAACUCAGCAUUAUUAUUCCAGAAAAGCCAUACUGCUGUAUUGAAUGUGGAAAAAGGUUCACUCAGAAGGUUUCUCUUCAGCAACAUCUGAAAAUCCAUACAGGAGAGAAGUCAUAUUGCUGCACUCAAUGUGGAAAGAAAUUUACACAGAAAAUUGCUCUUCAACGACAUCAGAUAAUUCAUACCGGAGAGAAACCAUACAGUUGUUCAGAAUGUGGGGUGAGGUUCACAAUGAAACAUAAUCUUCAGUCACAUCAAAGGAUUCAUACAGGAGAGAGGCCAUACUGCUGUCCUAGCUGUGGAAAGAGUUUCACAAUGAAACAUAAUCUUCUGUCACAUCAGCGGAUUCAUACAGGAGAGAAGCCGUAUUCUUGUUCAGAGUGUGGUAAGAGGUUCACAAACAAGAUUAGUUUUAUUUCACACCAGCGGAUUCAUACAGGAGAUAAACCAUAUUGUUGUACAGAAUGUGGGAAGAGGUUUGUGCAGAAACGUUACCUUCAUUCACAUCAGAAAUCACAUACAGGAGAAAAGCCAUAUGGCUGUGUCGAAUGUGGGAAGAGGUUUAAAGAAAAAACAUGUCUCAAACGUCACCAAAUAACUCAUACAGUAGACAAGCCAUAUUCCUGCCCAGAAUGUGGCGUGAGAUUCACCAUGAAACAUAAUCUUCAGUCGCAUAAGAAAAUCCAUACUAGAGACAAACCAUACAGCUGUGACGAAUGUGGAAAGGAGUUCCUGCAGAGACGUUAUCUGAAGUCACACCAGAAAAUUCACACGGCAGAGAAGCCGUGCUGCUGUGUAAAAUGUGGAAAAAUGUACACUGAAAAAUGUAGCCUUCCACGGCAAUGAAGUAGUCAAACUGGAGACAAAAAGUAUUACUUCACCUUGAAUGUCAAAAAGACAUCCAAUGAAAUCUGGAAUCACCACAUCUGUAUUUAAUAUGGAAAUAUUAUUACAGAAAGGAUGGCUUUUCCAUAUUGUACUGAAUGCAGACAUACAUUAGUAUUGAAAAGGCAUCUUCACACCCAGUAAUGGAGGAAAGUUGUGAUAU